ACAGUCAAAGUAAUAUAUAUAUAUUGUGGUGCAUUUAGAAUACAAUGAAACGAAAUAUGCAAUUGAUGCUGAAUAAUAUCGCGUAAUUGAUGCGAAACGCGCGACACGACACGGCCAAUUUGCGUUCUUCGAUCAGAGCAACAUUAGAUAUUGGGAAAUUACUCAUACACUAAUGUUUACUCUGUGAGUAAUUUUAACACGGGCACAAAUGUGUGUGCGGUUGCGGUACGCGAAAAACUACCGACGGUUGCCUUUCGUAACUAAGAGCAUUUAUUUUUGUAUAAGUGAAUUCCAAUGGGCUAAAGUCAUAUGAAAAGCGUCUAAACAUGAGCCCCUCGACGAUUCGUUUAUAAGGAUUUGAUUUAUUUAUUUAUUUGUGAUUCCAUUGCAUUGCGUAUUUUUUUAAACAACUACAUGCAUGCGAAAUAAACAAAGGAUUUGGUGCUGCAGUUGAAUUUCAUCCCAGGGGAAGGAUUACCAAUAUGCAUAAUCCACCAACUGAUAAACAGUAUUUGCAUUGAAUAGUAAAUAUAUAAAAGGAGCGCAAUUCCAGCUGUAAAUGUUGCAAACACCGCAGUUUUCUCGAAACUCAACCGACAAAUCUACACAAUAUAUCACAAUAUAUCAGUCACUGCGAAUGCACUUAGCUCUGUGGAAAGCAACAUCGAAAGAACCUAAAUAAAACUGAAACUUAAACUGAAAAUCACAGCAAAUAUUCAAAUUCAAUAUUAUUAAAAGCAAACGCAAACAUCAUGGGCGGCGGCAAAAAUGUACGCCGCGGCUUGGAGCCUCUGGAGUUCGAAGAAUGCAUCGUCGACAGUCCGGACUUUCGCGAAAAUUUAAAUCGACAUGAAAAGGAACUGGACCACACUAGUCAUCAAAUAAAACGAAUUAUCAAAGAGGUCAAAGAUCUUAUGAGUGCGGCAAAGAUCCUGUCCACUCGAAUGAAACAAUUGGCCAUUUUACUUAACGAUUUUAACUUUGAGUGCAUUGGCACUGCUCAGACCGACGAUGAGAAUGUCAUUUGUGAAAGUCUCAAGCGAUUUGGUGCUAUAAUUGGCAAUAUUGAAGAUGAGCGCGAAAAAAUGCUAACGCUCGCCGAUAAACAUAUUAUUGAGUCACUGGAGGAUUUUCGAAAAAAGCAAAUCGGUGGCGUCAAAGAAAACAAAAAGAAAUUUGAUAAAAAGACGGAGAAAUUUUGUCAAUCGCAGGAGCGUUUCCUCAAUAUGUCAACUAAAAAGCCCGAAAACACAAUACAGGAGGCUGACGCCAGUUUGGGGAUGCAUGAACGCGAGUAUAUCCAGGAGUCGCUGAGCUAUGUGCUGCGCAUCCAAGAAGUGCAGGAACGAAUCAAAUUCGAAUUUGUCGAAAUAUUGCUAGCAUUUAUCUCUGGCUGGCUGGUUUUCUACCACACGGCGCACGAACAGGCGGAGGAUCAUCGUGAUUAUCUGCAGGAUUUGAGGCACAAAGUUCAAAAAACUCGGGAAAAUUUCGAGGAGGCACGCGAAAAAGUGACUGAAUUGAAAACAAAAUAUAUGGAAAAACGCACAAAGCCCGAGGAAAUUUUUACAAAACGUGGCUACCUAUUUCUAAUGGAGAAAAGUUCCAUUCUGAAAAUCUCCCUUUUAGAGCCAUUCAAAGCCACCUGGACAAAAUACUAUUGUACAUUCAAGAAGCAAAAGCGCGAGUUCACUAUGCUCCAGUUCAACCAGAUGAAUCACAACUUCACGAGACCCGAGGCGCGUGACGACGAGAAACUGACGCUUUUCUCCUGCCAGCGACGGGCAUCUGAGUUCGAGAAGAGGUUCUGCUUCGAUUUGACCUUCAAGGAGAAGCCAGGCGUCGUCUACACAUUUCAGGCUUUGAGCGAAAAGGAUCAUCGCUAUUGGAUUAGUGCCAUGGAUGGCACGGAGCCGACAUAUCUGGCUCCCGGCAAAAUCAAAGUCAGCGAGGCAUACCAUCUGGAUGAAGCCGGAUUCAUGUUCAUCCGCAGAUGCAUUCAAGUAUUAGAGAUUCGAGGCCUGGAGGAUGAGGGCAUAUACAGAAAGAGCGGUGUUGGAACCAAAAUCAGCAAGCUGCUAGCACUGGGCCUCAAUCAAAAGGAGAGCGACGAUGUCUUCGUCGACGACAAGUACCGCGAUUUGAUGGAAAGCAACACCAUAGCUAGUGCCCUAAAAAUGUAUCUUCGAAAUCUGAAUGAGCCAUUGAUGACGUAUCAAUAUCAUAGUGAUUUCAUUGAAGCCGCAAAACAAGAAACCCUCAAUCAGCGCGUGAAUGAGGUGCACAAGCUGGUCUACAAGUUGCCGCAGCCCAAUUUUCAGAUGCUCGACAUGGUUAUUUGCCAUCUGACUGACGUUUCGCGCAAGUACGAGAAGAACAAAAUGUCCGUAUUUAAUCUGGGAGUGGUGUUUGGGCCAACAUUGUUGCGUCCUCGAGAGGAAUCAGUUGCCGCCAUAUUGGAUAUUAAGUUUAAUAAUAUCGUCAUCAACAUUCUAAUUGAUAACUACGAGAGGAUAUUCAAGAACAAGCCCAGCGCCGAUAUCAAGUUGCCGGACGCCACGAAGGCACCCAGCAUCAUGUACCCCAGUCGCAGCAGUCCACCGACCAGAAUGCCGCGAGCCUCUCAAAUCGGCAAGGCCGCUUCAACGGGUGCAAUGGGUAGCAGCAGUAAUACAGCGGGCAAUCCGAUGUUCUUGAAUCAGCAGAAAAUCUAUCGCGUUGUGAGCAAAACCAACUGCACCGAGCCCACAAUGUCAUCCAGCCUGCAAAAUAUUCCGAAUGGCGAUAACUAUGCCCUUGGCUCGAACGCCAUGAAUAGCUCGGGCGGUGCUCAAUGCAUAUCCCUGUCGCCGCCGAUGCACAUGCUGAACGGCAUACUCUCGCCGACCAUUGGUAGCAUCAAUAAUCUGCACACAAUAUCGAAAAAUGAGACCAGCACACGACGAUACGUGCCCGACACUGAGAUUGCGCCCGAUUAUGGUAUUAUAGGUGCUAACAACGGCGGUGUGACGCUGCAAUCGCAUCACGCUGUGCCGGUUAGUAGCACGAGUAACUUUCGACAUCCCGAGUACCUAAUGACCACGGCCAAUCCAGUUACUCAAUCGGGCUCAAGUAGCCAUAUAUAUACGAACACAUCUAGUGCUGGUGCUAACUCAAGCAAUCGGAUUAGUCUAAGCAAUGUAUCCCCGCCAAAUACUGCAAUGCGCAAGGAGCGAUUCCUGGGCAGCGCCAGUGGUCCGCAGCAGCAUCCGCCCGUUCAACGGGGUCUGCACUCGUACGGCCAGACAAAACACUAUUCACCCCUAAUGCCAACGUCAACAUCCAGCUCCAACGACAGCGUAUGUGAUUCACUAUCUUCCAACAACGGCCUGGGCAGCUCCAUUGUGGCCAAUAGUGGCAACAGUGGGAAUGUUGCCCAGCACUUGAGCGCACGGAACACUAAUGACUAUGCGCUGAUAUCGUCACAGAAUUCAUCGCUGUCGCCGCAUCUUGGACCCACCUGCGACGAGGUCGUCACGGCCACAACAUUGCCCUCGGUUAGUUUAAGCUGUGGUGGCACCGCCAGCGAAAGCACCGAAUAUCCGCCUAGUAAAAUGCAUCGUAAUCGUGACGUCAACCAAAUAAAACGUGAUUUGUCAACGGGCACCGCUCGUGUGCGCACACUCUAUGCUUGCAUGGGAGAAAGCGAGGGCGAGCUUUCUUUCGAGCCCAACCAAAUAAUAACCAAUGUUCGUUACUCCCACGAACCCGGCUGGCUGCAGGGCACACUAAAUGGGAAAACAGGACUCAUUCCGGAGAACUAUGUGGAACAUUUGAAGCCGCACCAUUAGAAUUUGAGUGCGAUGAAGUUCGUGGAGUUCGCAACUAUUUCUUGCAUUCGUCGGUAGAUACAAUUAAUAAGGAGAAUUAGGAAAUCUGAAAAUAAUCGUUGUGUAAAAACUAAUUUUGAUUAUGUGUACCCGUACCCAUGAGGGGAUUUACAUGAGCUGCAUUUUAUUUUAUGCUGGAAACCAGGAAACCACAAUCUUACCUUAUAAAUAUGUUAACCUUUAUAAUACCAUGACCAUACAAUGUACUUAUUUUUAAUUAUUUAAUAAGGAGUAUAAACUCAGUGCAACUGCAAAGAUUUAUUUACUAAUUGUUACGCUCUUCAUUUGUUGCUUAUUUAUACAUAAUUCACGUAAUUUGUGCAAAAAUGGAUUACAACGUAUCUAAUAUCUACUACAUAUACAAAUGUAUAAAAAUAAAUAGCAGUGCUUCGCUCACUUUUAAAAUGUAAACUUUAAACUGAAGUCUGCCAUAUACCAUAUCAAAAAAAAAAAAAUAAUAAUAUAAUAAUAAUAAUAAAUAUUUUCUUAGCAAGGCAAAGAAAACGUAGAAUGUUGAAAU